ACUCGGUUUGAUCCAAUGCUGAACUGGGUUUCUUUUUGCUUCUUGAAUUUCUUGAAGAUGGGUCGAUCAAAUGAGAACAAUCCUGGUCUCUUUGUACCUUUAAACCUUCAAGAAGGACCAAGACUGGGGGGUUCGAAGUUUGUGAAGGACAUGGGGCUGAAUCAAAGGAGGGCAUUAGCCAGCAUCAAUCAGAACAUUGUUGGGGCUGCUCACUUCCCAUGUGUGGUCAACAAGAGAGAUAGCUCAGAGGAGAUGGCAGCAGAAAUGGUCAGCAACAAGCAACAAUGCUAUGAAGAGACUAGGAAAUCUAAAGACUGUUCAGUAAUAGAAGUGGAAGAGUAUGAUGAUGCUGCGAUACCGAUGUUUGUGAAGCACACAGAGGCUAUGCUAGAUGAAAUUGAUAGGAUGGAGGUUGAAAUGGAGGAUGCAGAGGACUCAAUUGUGGAUAUUGACUGUGGCGAUUUGAAAGAUACAUUGGCAGUUGUUGAGUAUAUAGAUGACAUAUAUGCCUACUACAAGAAAUCUGAGAGCUCUGGCUGUGUCUCUCCAACUUACAUGGAUCGUCAAUCUGACAUCAACGAGAAGAUGAGGGCCAUCCUUAUCGACUGGCUUAUUAAGGUCCACUACAAAUUUGAGCUUAUGGACGAGACAUUGUUCUUAGCCAUCAAUCUUAUUGACCGAUUCUUGGAGCGUUGCACAGUGGUCAGAAAGAAACUUCAACUGGUUGGUGUGACAGCAAUGCUAUUAGCAUGCAAGUAUGAGGAGGUCUCAGUCCCACUCGUGGAAGAUUUUGUGCUGAUAUCAGACAACGCUUACACAAGGAUAGAAGUCCUCGAUAUGGAGAAACUAAUGGUGAACACUUUACAAUUCAACAUGUCUGUGCCAACCCCUUAUAUGUUCAUGAAGAGAUUCCUCAAGGCAGCUCUAUCUGACAAGAAGCUUGAGCUUCUCUCCUUCUUCAUAAUUGAGGUGUGCCUAGUUGAGUACGAGAUGCUUAGGUUCCCCCCAUCUUUACUAGCUGCUGCAGCGAUUUACACUGCUCAGUGUAGUCUGUACCAGUUUAAGCAGUGGUCUAAAACCAGCGAGUGGCACACCAGCUACACAGAAGAUCAGCUUUUGGAAUGCUCAAGAAUGAUGGUUAGUUUCCAUCAGAAAGCUGGAUAUGGGAAACUCACUGGAGUUCAUAGGAAGUACAGCACAUCCAAGUUUGGUUAUGCAGCAAAAGCUGAACCAGCCCUAUUUCUCUUAGGGCUCUGAACGCCUAUGUUCUUUCUGCUUGCAACUGAGAAACAACUCGAGUCUCUGCGUUCAUACAUACAUUUGUAUAUUACCGGUCCAAUGUCGUACCUCUACUUCGCAAGUUGUGGGUUUGAAUGGUAGAAAAAUUUGGUUAUUUCUUUGUAAUAAGAUCAAUCAACAUUUGCUGCAGCAGCUGUGGGGUGAAAAGUUGCACUGUUCAUUUUAA